AGGUGUUGCUUUGGGAAGGUAGGGGGUUUUUUUCCCUUUCCUUUUGAGAUAUACAUGCUCAGAUUCUUAUCCAGAGAUGUGCUGAGGGAUUAACCUUGCCUGGCUAUUCAGCUGCUAAUCAGCAAAUACCCCCCCACCAAAAAAAAUCUGGGGAUUUACAGUUGUCAAUGGUGUGGGAAGGCCACUCGGUACGUGCCCAGGCAUAGUCUUUGCAUAACAUAUGGAGGACAUGCCCACAUGUGUGCUGUGCAGAAACCUGUGCCUAGCUGUUGAAGAUGGUUUCAUUAAGAGUGCUCCCACUGGAUCCAGGAGAUGAAGGCACACAGAGGUGCCGAUUGGGGCCUGCUGCUUUCUCCUGCCUGGGUGCCAAGCUAGGCUCGCUGGUUAAGAUCACCCUGCCCACUGGCAUUUGCCUGUGUACAGCCUGGCCUCGUCAUGACUUGGCUGAUGGCUACUUGCAAUUCGACCUCAAGUGUCGAAGUCGCACUGUCAAGAUGAACCAUUUAUGGAAUCUCACUCUGAGCACCGACUGCUUGCAAAUCCUGGAAUGUCACAGGCUAAGAAAACUGACAGUCAGGGUGGUCCUUAAGAACCAUGCCAUGAAAAAAUACACUCCGGAAGCCAUGCUGCAGGAAUUGGCCAAAGAGCUACUGCGAAAUGCUUGUGUUUCCAUUUUUCAAGUUGUUUCAUUCAGCCCAGUUCUGGGCAAUCCAGUGGCAUGCAUUGAAAUAUUGUCUAUGGAGCCUGCCACAGAAGAAGCUGGUUUAGUGACUGUCAAAACUAAUGUCUGUGUUAAAGAGGUGGUUACGCUAGACUGGUAUAACCUUUUGGUAGAAGACAGUUCAAAAACUCUAGUGGCUGGCAUGGAGGAUAUCAGCAGGUCAUUGAAAGAGAUGAUUGACUUGCCUUUACGCUUUCCAAAAACCUUCCAGAAGCUAGGCCUUUCUGUCCCAAGAGGAGUGCUUCUGGUAGGGCCUCCAGGUGUGGGUAAGACAAUUUGUGUCAAAGCAGUCACUAAAGAAGUGGGCGCUUGUCUUCUUUGCAUUAAUGGCCCUGUUGUGUAUGGUCCGAGACCUGGUGAAAGCGAGGAGAACUUGCGACGUGCGUUUGAACAAGCCAGAGAAAUGUCCAGUGAAGGACCAACAGUCCUCUUUAUCGAUGAAAUUGAUGCCUUGUGCCCCAAACGAGAAAGUUCAAAUAAUGCUCCUGAAAAUCGUCUGGUGGCUCAAUUGCUAACUCUUAUUGAUGGGAUUGAUGAAAGAAGCCAGGUGGUGAUCAUAGCAGCAACAAACAGGCCUGAUGCUCUAGACCCUGCCCUGAGAAGGCCGGGCAGAAUUGACCGUGAGGUGAUCAUUGGGACACCAACCGUUUCACAGAGGAAAUCCAUUCUGCAGCUGAUUACUUCUGGCAUGCCUGUGUCCAGCGACGUCAGUUUGCUUGAGCUUGCAGAAAUAACAACAGGUUACGUCGGAGCUGACCUCACGGCGCUCUGCAGAGAAGCUGCCCUGCAGGCUAUGUUUCGUGCUUCUUCGGAAUCAGUUAAUGCAGUCAACAUGUCAGACUUCUAUGAAGCACUGAAAAAGAUUCGGCCAUCCUCUUUUCGAAGCAGCAUCGGUCUAUCGGACUUUAAGCCUGUCACCUGGGAUCAGAUUGGGGGGCUCGGAAAUGUGAAGCUGAAGUUAAAGCAGAGCAUUGAAUGGCCCAUAAAAUUCCCUGAAGCUUUUGUUAGGAUGGGGCUGGCCCGCCCAAAGGGUAUCCUUUUGUACGGACCAUCGGGAUGUGCCAAAACAACCCUUGUGAAAGCUGCAGCCACGAGCUGCCACUGCUCCUUUCUGUCCGUGAGCAGUGCUGAUCUUUUCUCACCUUAUGUGGGCGACUCGGAGAAGAUUUUGUCCCAGGUCUUUCACCAAGCAAGAGCUAAUUCUCCGGCAAUAGUGUUUCUGGAUGAGAUUGAUUCUAUCCUGGGUUCUCGAUCAGUUGGUAAAACGGGACAUGGUGUCCAGGAAAGAGUUCUUUCUGUCCUCCUCAAUGAAUUGGAUGGCAUCGGACUUAAGGUCACCGAGAGAAGAGGAAGAAAAGCAGAGAUGGAUGGCGACUGUCAAGAACAAAUUAAAAACAAUAAAGAGUUGGAACUUCAGGAGGUUUUCAACAAAGAUGUCAUGGUUGUUGCUGCAACAAAUAGACCGGACAUGUUGGAUGAUGCCUUGUUGCGUCCUGGGCGGUUGGACAGGAUUAUCUAUGUUCCUCCUCCUGAUCAGAAGGGAAGGCUUUCUAUUUUGAGAAUCUGCACUGAAAGAAUUCCUAUAGAUUCUGAGGUGUCCCUAGAAGAUAUAGCAGCCCGAGCUAAUCUGUUUUCUGGAGCUGAUCUUGAAAAUCUCUGUAAGGAGGCUGCUUUAUUGGCGCUGCAGGAGAACCAAAUUGAAGCAACAGCUGUGAAACACAAACAUUUUGUGAUGUCAUUUGAGACAGUGAAACCAUCAUUAACACCCAAAGAGUUGGAAUUUUAUGAAAGAUUAUUUACAAAACAUAAAUGGCCUUUGUAAAGCAACAAGAAGAGAAAAACUUGUACUCUGCAUUUCUGUAAUCAAACCCAAUCAAAGAUCUAUAAAGAAAAGUAACUUAGAAGGAUCUAUUAUAGGAGUUCUGCCAAGGCUGUGCAAUAUAUUACAGCGGUUCUGCCCAGACUACAAUAGAACUCUGUACUUGUACUGACAUGCGAGAGAAUUUCUGUUGACGUUAGCAACCAAUCAGUACUGUGAACUGGAAAACCACUUUCCCUUGUCCUUGGUCCUGAAGGGGAAAAGAAUCUUCAUCUCCCGGAAAGUAAAAAUACAGAUCCCCAGCAAGCCUACUCCAGUUUUUACAUAUGCCCCCCACUGUUUCUAAGAUUGCGAUUCUAAAGCUUAUGCCUUAAAACCAAUUAGAUGUGGAGCUAGUGAGGGAAGAUGAUCACUGUAUUCACCAGAAUCCCAGGAGAGGCACAUAUGUUGUCAAGCCACUCAAGAAGAGUAACCAUAACUUUAUCAGAUUCCAUGUAUGUCUAUGAGAGAGAGUAAAACUGAAUAAACGAACAAGUUGUGGAAGAUGCCAUAAUGCAUGGAAUCAAGGAAAUCAAGGAAUCAAGCACUCAUGUUGGCUACUUUCCAGUCCUCUGAUUUUGGAAAAGUCUUGCCCAAAUGAGGAACAAAAAAACUGGCAAAACAAAGUUUAUAAUAAAAAAAAGAGAAAACUUGAGCAGAUUGCUUAAAAAUA